AUGGAUGACGGGGACUACUCGUGGGUGCGGCGCACCAGGUUCUCGCAGUCCAUCGUCAGGUCCAGCUCCGGCAGGGAGCAGUAUGGCGCGUUCAUCGAGCAGUUCAGUCGUGGCGCCGAGCUGAGGCAGAAUGGGAUGGGCACAGGGUACAAGCACCCUCGCCAGACUCUGCAGCCGCCCUUGGCGAAGGGACCCGGCGGGGUCUCCAACUCGGCAAGGCUGCCGAUUCCCAAGGCGAAAUCGGCAGUUGCCCAGUUGGAACGGAAGCUGAAGCAUGCGUCUUCAGAUGGUCAACUGAACAGAGACAGGAGCGGUGAUCGCUCGUCGCAAGAGUCAUCGGCGAAGCAGGACCGGAAGGGGGUCGUCGGCCUGAACUUGGACAUUCCUCAGCGGCAUGUGGUUCGGCCAUCCAAGGAGAGCCCAGACGCGCUGGAUUUCUCUUUCCACUCGGACGAGCACAGCCAGAGGCUCCAGAGAGUGUGUUCCAGCCCGGCUCCUUUCUUUAUGAAGGAUGCAACAGCAACAGCUGAUGAUUCCAGAGUGCGCAGUGCAUCUAUGAAGGUGACCGGAGAAGUGUCCAAGCUGACGUCGAAGCCGAAAAGAAGAGCCAAGUCCCCUGUCCCCAAGCGCGUCAUCUCGGAUGUGUUCAAGGAGGCGAAAGCUGCCACCAAGAGGUUCUCCAGCCCGCAGCGGCAGAGGAAGCCCACAUCCCCACGGUCACCAGAUGACAGCCCUCCAUUCGGCUUUGCUUCGCAGAGAACACCAAGCAAACUGAAGAUUAAUAGCAGAACCUCCUCAUGGCCGGGAAGGAACGUUGACAGUGGACUGGCAAAAGUUGCUGCACUGGAGAUCCUUGAGAAGUGGACGGUUGAUCGCUCUGAGUUGCUCAUCGGCCAUAGAUUUGCAUCCGGGGCGUAUAGCCGAUUGUUCCAUGGGAUCUACAAGGAGCAACCUGUUGCUGUGAAGUUUAUCAGGCAGCCUGACGAUGGCGAGGAUGACGAAUUGUCUGCUAAGCUUGAGAAGCAGUUCACUUCAGAGGUUACCAUUCUGGCAAGGCUCCAACAUCGUAAUGUCAUUAAGCUUGUUGGGGCCUGUACUUGCCCACCGGUCUUCUGUGUCAUCACUGAGUUUUUGUCUGGGGGUUCUUUGAGGGCUUUCUUGCGAAAGCUGGAGCGUAAAACUCUUCCUUUGGAGAAGGUCAUUUCCAUCGCUUUGGAUAUCGCACAUGGCCUGGAAUAUAUUCACCUCAAAGGAAUUGUGCACCGUGACAUCAAACCCGAGAACAUCUUAUUUGAUGGAGAAUUCUGCGCUAAGGUCGUCGAUUUUGGAGUGGCAUGCGAAGAAACAUACUGCAAUUUGUUAGGGGAUGAUCCAGGUACUUAUAGAUGGAUGGCACCAGAGAUGUACAAGCACAAGCCAUAUGGCCGGAAGGUUGAUGUUUAUAGCUUUGGACUUCUCUUGUGGGAAUUGGUCACUGGUUCACUCCCUUAUGAAGAUAUGACUCCGCUUCAGGCAGCUUUUGCAGUUGUUAAUAAGAACUUGAGACCGGCUAUUCCAUUGAGCUGCCCAGCAGCUCUGAAGCUUCUGAUUGAGCAAUGUUGGUCCUGGAACCCAGAAAAGAGGCCCGAGUUUCAGCAAAUAGUUUCAAUCCUUGAAAACUUCAAGACAGCUCUUGAAACAGAUGGAACACUCGACAAGAUCCCAAUCUCGAUCUGCCAGCCCCUGGAAUGCAAUGAUCAAAACAAGAAGUCGUCUGGCAACUGGAUCCAGAGGCUGUCAUACGCUCAACCUGAUUUUUCCGGACCUCCACCCCCAAAGUUACUGUAG